AUGGAUCGUGGCAUCAGCGUGCAGAACCCCUAUGCCAGUGUCAACAUCCCAUGGGACCAGUUCCAGCAAAACUUCAUCAAUCACUACCUGAAGGAUGAGACCACCAUCAUUGCCAACCCUGCAGCUGUGCCCACCUACAGCCUGGAGAAGGAGGAUCUCAAUGGCUUCUGGAGCAGUCCAACCAUCUCCACGGAUAAGUCCUGGUCCCGUCCCUACAACCCCUAUGGCAGCCUGAGAAUGCCCAAUGGGGAAUCAUCUGCCUCCUUCUACACUGUCACCCUGGACAAGCCACCCAGGGGCCAGGAGCAGGGGGCUGGCAGGCGAUGUGGCUGCUGCAGGUGCCGUCCCUGCUGCCGAAAGUGCUGCUGUGUCAUCUCCUAA